UAUUGGCUGGCUGAGUUGCCCCGCCAGUGGAGAGCAGAAACAGCGCCAUAAUUAAAACUACCUGCUGUUAGUGUCUGUUAGCGGCCAAACUUUAACAAACAGCUUCACAUAAACGGCGCUAAACUCAAAGUUUGGGAUUUUAUUAAACGUUCAUUUUUCGUCCGGAUGAUCCGAGCUUCGUGCCGUAUCUGAAGCUACCGGAGCUACCGGAGGCGCUGAUGCGGACCGAGCGGGGAGCUACCGCGGCUAACGUUAGCAGGAGUUAGCUGAAGCCCCCGCGGUGUUUCUGGCUCUCACUGACCGUUAAUAGAGCCUCUCUGUCGGCCACAGCGGGGAUGAGCUGCCCGGUGAACCUCCAGGCUCUACCCUCCGGACUGCUGGAGGCGGUUUGUACUCCAGAGAACCUGAGAGGAAGAACCUCCACGAUGAAUUCUCUCACGCCGCUGAGUUUCCCCAAAUCCAGAUCAGCUCUGUGGGACAGCAGCCCUGCAGGAGAGAAGCUCCGCCUCCAGCUCUGCGCUCACAGGAAGCCUCGGCUGGUGCUGCUGGAGAAAGCUAUGCGUCUGGCUCAGCGCCACGCCCGUCACAGCAACAAGCCCCGCCUCCUCUGCUUCCUGCUGGGCUCGCUGUCUGUCGACGCAGACGAGCAGGGGGUCACGGUGACUCUGGACCGGUUCGAUCCGGGUCGGGACCAGGCCGGAGCCAGGGUCCCGUCUGCUCUGCUGCCCGGAGACGUCCUGGUCCCCUGUUUGUUCUCCACGCAGGCCGAGGCUGGCGGGGUCGUCCAAUCAGAGGCUGAGCUGCAUCACUGCUUCAAGGCGCUGCAGCAGUGUGUGAGCAGCAGACAGACUCUGGACGUGUCUCAGCUGAUAAAGGUCAGAGGUCGUGUCGUCUGCUCUCAGCAGUCUGACGCGGCGUCGUUCUCUCUCAGCUGGUCGGCCGUCUGUCCGUCCUCCGUCGUGGAGGUCCAGCCGGUCCGAGCCGUCCCCGUCAUCCCCACGGCUCUGCUGAGGAGUCUGACCAGCGUCCACCGGCCGCCGCACAGCACCGGGCGCCAGAGAGGGUUCCUCACCAUGGACCAGACCAGGAAGCUGCUGCUGCUGCUGGAGUCCGACCCCAAAGCCUCCAGCCUGCCGCUGGUCGGACUCUGGCUGAGUGGCGUCACACAGGUGCACCACCCUCAGGUGUGGGCGUGGUGUCUCAGGUUCCUGUACAGCUCCGCCCUCCAGGACAGAGUUCUGUCGGAGCGUCGCUGUUUCCUGCUCGUCCUGUUCGGCUCCACACACAGAACUCCUCAGUUCUUCCAGUGUCGAGGACCAGAACCAGGACCAGGACCAGGACCUGGACCUGGACCACAGCUGGACUACCAGCUGCUGACGGCCUCCCAGAGUGUCACUCUGUACCAGCAGGUGGUCCCGGUGGAGGGUCAGACCCUGCAGUGUGUUCUGGGUUCAGAGGAUCCCAGCAGACAGACUGAGGUCUUCAGAGAGGCUCAGACCUCCUUCAGCAGAGCUGCUGGUCUGUCUGUCAGCGAUCAGGACUCUGGAGUCGAGGACGAAGACCUGUCCCCCCGGCCGUCCCCGAGCCCCCAUCCCCCUGCCCCGCAGACUCGUAGAGUUCAGCCGUCUGUCCCUGAACUCUCUCUGCUGAUUGACAGCAGCUUCAUGUCCAAUCACAGCGGCUGGCAGGAAGCUGGCUCCGCCCACAGACUGCCUCCUCCUCCUCCUGCAGACAGGAAGUCUGCUCCUCCACCCAGAAACACCUCCACCACCUCCUCCUCUGCUCCUAGACCUGCUGCUCCUCCUCACCUCCACAGCACCCCCAACUCCAACCUGCAGCAGCCCUGCACCUGCUGCUCCACCCCCCACUCUUACGACUGCACCUCCAUCUUCUCCUCACCGGGACUCGGACCCGCAGCUCCUCCUGCUCCUGCUGCCUCCUCACAUCAUCAUCACCACACUCCUCCUCCUCCUUCCAAAAGCCAUGCAUCUACUCCUUCUGUUCCUCCUCCAUCCAGCUUCCCCCCUGCUUCUCCAUCCUCCCGUCACAACACUCCUCCUCCAUCCAGUCUGCAUCCCGCUGCUCCUCCUCCUGCUGCCUCCUCCCAUCAUCACCACCACACUCCUCCUUCCACAAUCCAUUCAUCUACUCCUUCUGUUCCUCCUCUCUCUAGUCUCUACCCUGCUCCUCCUCCUCCAUCAUCCCGUCACCACAGUCCUCCAUCCAGUCUGCAUCCUGCUUCUCCAUCCUCCCGUCACACUCCUCCUCCUCCAUCCUCCCGUCACACUCCUCCUCCUCCAUCCUUAUGUCACAACACUCCUCCUCCGUCCAGCAGCCAUCCAUCUCCUCCUUUGUCCUCUCAUCUCCAUUUUCCACCUCCCUCCUCCAGCCACACCUCCUCUCCUCCUCCCUCCACUUGUCUCUCUGCUCCUCCUCCUCCCUGUGCCUGCAGCCACCACCCUCCUCCUCCUCCUCCUCCUGCUGCUCCUCACCCCGUGUCUCCCCCCUGGCUCUCCCGUCCCUCCUGUGUGAAUCAGUGCUGUGAUCAGGCGGGAGGAGUUCUCCCGUCUGACACCUACCAGCUCCUCCUCCAUCAGGACCGCCAGCUGCGCCUCCUGCAGGCUCAGGUCCAGAUGCUGCUGGAGGCUCAAGGGAAACUUCAGACCUCCAGCCAGCAGGUGGAGGCGCAGACAGCCAGGAGCACCGCCAGCAUCGCCGUGGGGACAGGUGCAAGUCUCUUCUGGGGCAAUCCUGUCCAGCCGUCCCUCCUCCAUCAGGAGGCUCCGCCCUCCUACCCCACACCUCCCCCCUCCUCCUCCUCCUCCUCCUCGUCCUGCAGACCUCCCUCACACGCCGACCUGUCUGUCAACUUGCCGGUGGGCGGGGCUGAGGAUGGUGACAUCACGGGUCAGGAGGUCACCUGCUCCCCGCCUGGUCAGCACAGUGUGAGCGGCCUGCAGAGUCCAGUUCUGGGAGAGAGUGCGAGCAUGUACAGAGCUACAGACGACCAAUCACAGCAGCGCUUCUACCACAACCUGAUGAGUCAGCUGACCAGUCGUCUGCAGGAGUCGGACAGUAAACAGGAAGACGAGGAGGAGGAGGAGGAGGAGGAGUUCAGGAGGAGGAGCUUGUCUGUUGUUUCUGACCGCUCCAGGUCCUCACAGUCCUCUGAGUCCUCCAGGAGGAGGCGGAGCUGUGGAGACUCGGUGGUCAGCGCCACGGUGAGGCAGCUGCAGCAGCUCGGCGUCGACGUGGACCCAGAAGAUCUGACAGAGUCCGACAGAGUGAUCCACCAGACUAUAGAGAGCGCCAGCACGUUGGCGAGCAUCAGCCCGGCGGCGGUUCUGUCCCGUCUGAGCGUGUCCGACCCGACGACCAGCUCUCUGUUCCCGGGCGGCAGCGUGGAUCUCAGUCUGGAGGCCAACGCCAUCGCCCUGCGCUACCUGAGCGACUCCCAGCUCAGCAGGCUGUCUCUGGGAGGCCACGCCCCCCAAUCUGCUGUCACCUCCACCUCCUCCUCCUCGUGCGCCUCCCUGCUGUCACCUAACAACAUGUCUCUGGCCACCAGGAAGUACAUGAGGCGCUACGGCCUGAUUGAAGAGGAGGACGAGGAGGAGGAGGAGGUGGUUGAGGCUCGCCAGCCGCUGACUGAAGCUCUGAACAUGAAGCUCCUCCCACAGAGUCAGCUGAUCCGGGACCUGCGGCCCAAAAUGCAGCUGUUGGCCGGUGGCGCCAAAGCGAACGCCACCGACAAAGAGAACUGCUCCGGCAGGCGGCCAUCUUUAGUGAGGGCGAGCAGCCGUCAGACAGAAGGAUCUGUGGGAAACAUCCUGGACCUGAGCCGCCUCAGACAGCUGCCCAAACUCUUCUGACUCCGCCCACGAUCUUCUGACUCCGCCCACACCGCAGAACCAGCAGCACAGCGAAAACUCAUGUUUUUUAAAUGGAGUCUGGCGUGGUCUGACUCGCACCAAAACACUACAACACCAGCUGAAACCACAAAACGAUGUUCAGACUGACGCUGUCGAAGACCUGCUGGAACAUUUAAAAACUUUUAAAAAGGGAGUCUGGUCUGGUGGGACUUAAAGCGGCCUGAGACAAACACAAACACCAGCUGUCUGAUGGUGCUGGUGACUUUAAAACAGUCAUAUUUUUAAAUGGAGUCUGGUGUGUUCAGUAUGUGAUGACUCUGCUGGUCUAACUCAGGUCCUGGUUUCCAUCGCUGGAGAAGAAACAGGAGCUGAGGUGCUACUGGAUGAUUUUAAAAACUAUUACUUUUUCAAUGGAGUCUGAUGGAAACACUAGUCUGUUUUGAUUUUCUUGGUGUGAAACAACAAGUCCAAACCACAAAACAACUUUCAGUCUGACGAUGUUGAAGACCUGCUGGAACAUUUUAAAAAACACGCUUUUUUAAAUGGAGUCUGGUCUGGCUCACACCAAAACACCAGCUGUCUGAUGGUGCUGGUGACUUUAAAACUGUCAUAUUUUAAAUGGAGUCUGGUGUAUCUGAAGUGCAUUACGUAUAAAAAGCCUGCUGGUCUGACUCAGGUCCUGGUUUCCAUCGCUGGAGAAGAAACGGGAGCCAAAGUGCUACUGGAUGAUUUUAAAAACUAUUAAUUUCUAUAUGGAGUCUGGUGGAAACACUCUGCUCGUCUGAUUUGAGUUGCUCGGUGUGAAACAUCAAGUCCAAACUUGCGUCAACAGCUGAAACCACAAAACAAGUUUCAGUCGGGUGUGGUCCUGUUUUUUAAAUUUUUUAUUGUUUGACUGGUUUUACUGGAAAUCUGCCACUUUUUAUUAGUUUGUCUGUUUAAAUUGUAUCAGAUGUUUUUUGUGUUGUUGUCUCACUUCCUGUUUUAAUGUGAAAUGUCUUUUGCACAGUUUUUUUUUAAAUAUAUAUUUAUGAUUUCACAAUUAAAAUUCGUAAUAC